CUUAACCUACGGGAGAGAGCACCAAAAUGGCAGAGACUCAGGAACUGUUCUGUUGCUCCAUCUGUCUGGGUCUACUGAAGGAUCCGGUGACUACUGCCUGUGGACACAGUUACUGUAUGGGCUGUAUUAAAGAAAGCUGGGAUCAGGAUGAUCUGAAAGGUGUCUACAGCUGUCCACAGUGCAGACAGACCUUUAUCCCAAGACCUGUACUGAAGAGAAACAUUGUGUUGGCUGAAGUGGUGGAGAAACUGAAGAAGACAGGACUCCAGGCUGCUCCCACUCCUGCUCUGUGCUAUGCUGGACCUGGAGAUGUGGCGUGUGAUUUCUGCACUGGGACCAGAAAGCAGAAAGCCCUCAUGUCCUGUCUGGCAUGUCUGGCCUCUUACUGUGAGACUCACCUCCAACCUCACUAUGAAUUUCCUGGUUUCAAGAAGCACAAGCUGGUCAAAGCCACGGCACAACUACAGGAGAAGAUCUGCUCUCAUCAUGACAAACUGCUGGAGGUUUACUGUCGUACCGAUCAGCAGUGUAUCUGUCUGCUGUGUACAAUGGAUGAACAUAAAGGCCAUGAUACAGUGUCAGCUGCAGCAGAGAGGACUGAGAAACAGAGGCAGCUGGGGAUGAGUCAGAAGAAGGUCCAGCAGAGAUUCCAGGAGAGAGAGAAGGAGCUGAAGGAGCUUCAACAGGCUGUGGAGUCUUUCAAGCGCUCUGCACAGGCAGCAGUGGAGGACAGUGAUCAGAUCUUUACUGAGCUGAUCCGCUCCAUUGAGAGAAGGAGCUCUGAGGUGAAGGAGCUGAUCAGAGCCCAAGAGAAGGCUCAAGUGAGUCAAGCUGAACGACUCCUUGAGCAACUGAAGCAGGAGAUAGCUGAACUGAGGAAGAGAAGCACUGAGCUGGAGCAGCUCUCACACACAGAGGAUCACAUCCAUUUCCUCCAGAGUUAUCAGUCUCUCUCUCUCUCUCCAGAGUUAUCAGUCUCUCUCCAGUAUCAGUGCAUCUUCAGACUUACCCAGCAUCGUUGUCCGUCCUCUUCAGUACUUUGGAGAUGUGAGUAAGACUGUGUCUGAACU